AUGCUCAAGAAAAAUCCACCCACAAGAACAGCUCCAAUGUGCACAAGAUGUCGAAAUCACGGAGAACCAUUCGUUCGCUUGAAAGGACACAGAAAAAUGUGUCAGUGGAGAACUUGUGAGUGCGACAUGUGUAUUUUGAUUGCCCAAAGAGGAGGAUUAAAUAGAGAAAAGGCCAAGUUAAUGGAAGAAAGAAUCGUUUCUAAUAAACGUCUUCGUGGAAAAAGAGACAAAAGCAGAGGCGACUCGAAUGACGACUACAAAAACGACCAAGAAUAUAAUCCAGGUUGUACUUUAUCUCCAACACAACCAACAAGUUUAUGGCUUCCUGUGAUACCACCACCCAAUGAAGCUCCCUUCUCUAAACCUCCACCAUCUUACCAAGAUUCAAUCAGGCCUCCGCCUUACCAAGAAUCAAAUACAGCUCAGCAAAUAAUGUUUUGUAAGGAUCCGAUAAGGCCCACACCUGGAUACCCGGGAUAUCCCUUGUCCUUUACAGAUAGUAUAGAUACUCUUCAAGACAAUCAAAGUUACUGGACGACACCCUUUAGAAUUUUUCCAGAACCUUUUUUCGAAGGAACACAAACAUCUCCUCAUUCUCCGAAACCUGUAGCUUAUGAUCGGGAAUUUGAGUCUGGAAAACUGCAAGAAUUACAAGUUUCUCCAGUGUUGGGUGACCACUUCAACUUUGGCCAGAUAAGAGCAGGAAGUGGUAGCGCAAAUGAUGGCAGAUUUCAGACUCUGUCACGCCAAGGUGUUUCUAGAUCUCCAAGCUGUGGAUCGUUGCCAUGGCAGAAGAUAUCCCCUGCAUCAUCUACUAUGCCUACGGCCUACUAUACAGGUCAGAUGAUGUCCAGCACAAGCACCAAGCAUUAGGUCUUCUGAUUCGUCUUACAUGCGUUACAUGAUUUGGUACAUUAACUGUACUUAAGGGACCGUUCCUUUUUUACUGGC